AUGAGUGAAUCUCUUUCAAGCAGUUACUCCGUGAAUCAGCCAAACUCCUCUGAGAGUGAACAGAGUUUAUCUACACGCCAUUUCAAUGUUACUGAACCUGUAGUGGCCAAAAGGAUCUGUUUUUAUAAAAGUGGAGAUCCUCAGUUUAAUGGAAUCAAAAUGGUCAUUAACAACCGGUCUUACAAAACAUUUGAUGCCUUGCUGGACAGCUUAUCUAAACGGGUCCCGUUACCUUUUGGAGUAAGGAAUAUCAGUACGCCAAAAGGGAGACACAGCAUCACCAGUCUGGAGGAUCUUGAAGAUGGAAAAUCUUAUAUUUGCUCCCAUCAGAGGAAAAUGAAGCCUAUCAACCUAGAACAGGCUAGCAGAAAACCACUGCCCUGGCAGAUCAGUAGGCCUGUCAGUGCUCGUCGUAGAGCUGUGCAAUUAGCAAAGGAGAAUGAAGAUGGAUUUGGCCAUCAAGAAAGCAAAAUAACAACUCCCAAAAAGAUGCUUGUUUUCAAAAAUGGAGAUGUAAGACUCAGACGCACCAUAGUUCUGGGAAAGAAAAAUACACAAAACUUUGAGGCCUUUCUGGAUUACAUGAGUGAAUUAAUGCAGUAUCCAGUUGCAAAACUUUAUACCACUGAUGGCAGAAAGGUUCCUAAUCUUCAGGCCCUGAUAUUGUGCUCUGGAGCUGUAGUUGCAGCAGGGAGAGAGCCUUUUAAACCAAGUAAUUAUGAAUCUCUUGGGUAUUCACGGCCUGCCAGAUUACUUGGAAUUGCAAAUCGUGUGUACCCCAAAGCAAAUUUGAAGUCAGAAAGUGAAAACACUAGGAAAUGGAAGGUGUCAGUCCUCACCAGCGAUAUGCCAUCUGCAGGAACAAGCUCAAAGGUUUAUAUCAUAUUGUAUGGGGAUCACGGCAGUUCAGGACCUAUUUUUCUUGAUGGAGAGAAGGGAAAAUUAUUUCAGAGAGCCAGUGAAGAUGUCUUCACAAUUCAUACAGGAAACACAGGACGUCUCUACAAAAUACGCAUUGGACAUACUAAUGCAGGAAGUUGCCCUGCCUGGCAUUGCAAAGAGGUGCAGUUGCUGAAUCUUUUCUCAGGGGAGCAGUUUUCUUUCCCUGUAAAUCGAUGGCUGGCCUGGGACCAGGCUGAUGGAGAAAUAUCCAUGGAGCUUCCUGUAUUACAUCAGGGUCAGCCUGUUCUUCCAGUGUUCCCUUACUUAAUACUCAGAGACCUUGCCUUUUUCAUCUUACAAUUUUUGAUGACUGUCUAUGAAGUGCAUGUGACAACAGGAGAUCUGUGGAAUGCUGGAACUGAAGCUGAUGUGUAUAUUUCUAUCCAUGGAGAAAAAGGUGACACAGGAUCAAGACAGCUGGUCAGGUCACAGAAACCUAAGAAAUUUUUGAAAGGACAAACUGACAUCUUUCUUGUGGAAGCUGUGCACCUUGGCCAUUUGUACAAGAUUGUUAUAGGACACAACGGUCUUGGAUCAGGAAAUGGAUGGUAUCUGGACAAAGUUGUAAUCAAGGAUCCUGUAACAGAUCUGGAUUAUACUUUUCUUUGCCACAGAUGGCUGGACAAUGGGCAGGACGAUGGCAACAUUGCGAGAGGACUGACUGUGACAGAUGCCAGCACAUUUCCAGGAAGGAAAGAGCUGGAGAUGAAGAGAGAGGAAACUUGGGCUGCUGAAAAGUGGAAAUUUCAGGAAGGCAAUAAACUUCAGCUUUACAACAGGCUCACCCAUGGUUUCGUAUGUCUCUAUCCAGACAGCAGCGUUGAUGCUCUUGGUGACAAGAAGAAUAAAUAUGGACUUUUCAAUGUAAUUGUCAAAAAAGGAAAUAUUUCUGUAUUCAGAAGUCAUCAGAUACCCCAUCUUGCUCUCGCUCUUGUCAAUGGCUAUGCAACUGGAAAGAGCAAAGACAAGUCUUGCUGUGAGCUCUGCAUUCACCUUCAACCAAAUGGUUGUGCCAUUCUUGAGUCAGCGAGGAACCCAGGUCACACUGUAAUGUUCAAUCUUCAAGGCAAAGUAGCUGAUGAAAAAACAGGAUAUGCUGGAAUUUCCAACGAAUUUGUUGUGCAUGUCAAGGGUGUAUUUCACCAUGGUGCCAUCAUUCUGCUCAACACAAAUCGUUGCCAGGCUCUGACUCUCAGAUCUGAUGGGGGCUGCAGUGGAGCAGGUCAGCAGCAACAGGAAUCCUACUGGAGGGUGCAUAAAAUUGGCUCUGGAGUCUGCAUGUUUGAGAGUGUGAGAAACCCAGGAAUGUUCCUGAAGAUCAAAGAUGGCCAGUGUAAUGGAACAGGCACGGGUGAUGAAUACUGUCACUUCAAAAUUGAGAAGAAUUGGGAGGCUGGAUCUGUAAGUCUGGAAUCAGUGCGGAGUAAAGGGAUAUACGUUGGUCUCCUUCCAGAUGGUCAGACCAAGCCAGUCAUUAACAUUGGAGAGAGCAACACUUUUUUCUACCCGCAGGUCAUCAAAUUUGGCUGGGUAAAUCCCACAGGAACUCCUGUAGAAACCACUCAAGAGAAGAAAGACUUCAGAGAAUCUGAAUGCUUGCCAGCAAAAGCCCAGUGGCAAACAUCUCAAAGACCUUUGGUUUUUCCACCCUCAGAAGAAAUGAGAAAUCCCCAAGUUGGUGAGUGUUCCCUUCCUUCAUCUGAUGACUGGAAAGUGUCAGUGCUGAUGGGAAGUGCAGGAGCUCGAGCAAAUGCCACUCUCUGGAUAUAUGGAUAUGGAGGAGCAGAUGGACCAAUAACUCUUGGCAAGGAGAACAGAAAGCAGUUGUUCCUUCCUAGGCAAGAGGAUGAAUUUCAGGUUAAACUAAAAAGAGUUGGGAAUAUCUACAAGAUAAGAAUUGAACUUGGUGAAUUACUGAAUAAGCAGUCAGAGUGGAACAUACAAAGGGUGACACUGCAACAUCUGAUGAGCAAGAAAACUCUGAAUUUUCCAGCAAACACAUGGUUGUCAAAGAGUGAUGAUGAUAGGGAUUUUGUCUGUGAGCUUCCAUUAGUGGAAGCUGGAAAACCUAUUUAUCCAAUUAUUUUAUAUCAUGUUAAUGUCUACACGGGUGACUUGGAGCAAGCUGACACGGAUUCUCCAGUUUAUCUGUGUAUCUUUGGAGAAAGAGGAGAUUCUGGUCAAAGACUUCUGCAGAAAUCUGGUAUCCCAGUGAAAUUUUUGAGAGGAAAGGUCAAUGCUUUUGAAGUGAAAGCUGUAUCUCUUGGAAAGCUGCAGAAGGUGCUGUUGCGCUGUGAGGCUAAUUCAAAGUCUCAGUAUUGGUACUGCGAUAAAGUCAUUGUCAGAGAAGAUGAGAAUAACUCUGAAUAUGUUUUCAAUUGUGAAAGACCACCUGAUAAGCAGCAGAACUGCACAGAGACUGAGGGCUGGGUAUGGAGAGUAAGGUGGCUUCCUUUUAUGUCCCAAGGUGUAAUUCAUUCAGAAAUGGAGCUGUACCCUCAAGAAUUUCAAACAACUCAACAGCUGAAAAGGCAAGAAGCAGCUAAUGAAGGAGACUGGAAGAUUACUGUAGUCACUGGGGAUUUUGAAGCAGCUGGCACAACAGCAACUGUAUGCCUUUACGUUUAUGGAGAAAACAAAGCUUCUGGCCCUAUUAUUUUGGGAUCUGGGAAACACCAGCUGUUUAAUCCCAACAGUGAAGAUAUAUUUAAGAUUAAUAUCAGGGAUCUUGGGCAGCUAUAUAAAAUCCGCAUUGGCCAUGACAACACUGGUAAUGAUCCCAGCUGGUACCUGGAGGAAAUCAGACUUGAAAGAAUGUCUCCUUUUUCUCAAGAAGAAAUUUGUCUGCCCAUAGAGUGCUGGCUUGCAGAAGACAAGGGUGAAGGUGAUACAUGGAGAGAAGUGGCAAUAAGAAACUCUACAAAGGAAAUUUUGCCAUUGCUUGUGUAUGAGAUCCAUGUUCACACAGGUGCUAAACUUGGUGCUGAAACAGAUUUUAAUGUUUAUAUCAAUCUUAUUGGGACAAGAGGAGAUGCUGGCAAAAGGAAGCUCCAUAGAUCUAAGAACAAUAAAGUAAAGUUUCAACAUGGACAGAUGGAUAUUUUCUUCAUAAAGGCUGUCUCACUUGGAGACUUGGAGAAAGUUCUGAUUAGCCAUGAUGGAACUGGUCCAGGUAAUGGAUGGUUCUUGGACAAGAUUGUUAUUAACUAUAAAGAAGGAAAGGAAGGGAAAGAGGUUGUAUUUCCUUGUAACAGGUGGUUAGGUGAAUAUCAAGAUGAUGGGAAAACUGUGGAGGAGCUAACUGCUGAAAAAGCUGGCAAUCCAGAGAUGGCAUUCUUUAAUGCACAACAGUGGAGAGUGCAGGUGAAAACAGAUGGAGAUUCCCCAGAGCCACAAAAUUGCAAAAGGACCCUUAUGAUUUAUGGCUCGAAGGGCAAAAGCAAUGAGCUACUGCUUUCACCACAAGACCCAGGACAUGUAUGUUUUCUACCCAGAGCAACUGAUGAAUUCAUUGUUGAGACUGGAGAUGUGGGAGAUGUGUAUAAGAUUCGGGUCAGCUGUGAUGACGUGCCAGGCUUUGAGGGUUGGCACUUGAAGUCUUUCCAUUUAGAAGAGCUACAUACAAAACAGGAGUUGAACUUUGACUGCAACUGCUGGCUGUCUCUUAGCAGAGAAGACAAGGAGCUGGUGAAAGAAUUCCCUGUAGUCAGUGAGGACCAGAAAACUUUACCAGUCCAUAAAUAUGUUGUCUCUGUACAUACUGGUGACCGCUGGGGAGCAGAAACCUUUGCAAACGUUUAUAUCACCCUUUAUGGCAAAAGAGGUGACACAGGUGUAAGGAAUCUUCAUACACCUUUAGCAACAGAAAGGAAAUUCCAAAGGAAUAAGGUGGAUUCCUUUUUGGUGGAAGCUGUUUCUCUGAGUCAUUUGCAAAAAGUGAUCAUAGGACAUGAUGGGCAAGGAUAUGGGGCUGGAAUGUACCUCAAGAUGAUAACAGUCAGGGAAUCACAAGACUCAGACAAUGAGUGGGUCUUUCCGUGCUGGAACUGGCUUGAUACUCAUCUGGGAUUAUGUGAGACUGUUUGUGAGAUAUUUACAGUUGGUAGAAGAUUGAUUUCUCAUCCUAAACUGCCUAAAGUCAUCAUGCAGUCAUCUGGUCUCUGGAUAAUGGACAUCACUGGAUCUGACUGGAGCAGUGAAGAGGAUCCAUUACACCUCUCUUUAAUCUUCUUUGGCAACCAGAAUCAUAAGAAGUUGCCACUUCAAGUUACAGGAAAAGAAAUUCAAAUCGAAGAUGAACUGUCAGAUAUUGGCUUGCUAUACAAAGUUCAGGUAACCGGCCCACACAGCGAGCUAAAACAGCCGUGGCGCUUAGAUUUACUGCAUAUGAAGCACACGGGCACAAAGGAAGAGAUGUAUUUAGCAUUUGACUGCUUGUUCAACCCUAAUGAAGACAAAUGUGUGGAACUGCCAGCUCUCUAUGCAGAUCAGGAGCCUUUGCCCGUUGUGGAAUAUUCAAUCAAUUUGCACACUGGAGACUUGAGGAAAGCAGAUGCCACUGGUGAGGCUUAUCUGUGUAUUCAAGGAGAAAGGACUGACUCAGGGAAACGAUGGCUUAACUCAAGAAACAGCCUGAUUACUUUUGCUAGAGGGCAGGUGGAUGUUUUCAAAAUCAAAGCAGUAUACCUUGGCAAGUUGAAACAAGUUCUCAUUGGAUUUAAGAGUACAAAAAAAGAUGAGUGGUUCUUGGAAAAAAUUGUUAUAAAAGAAGUCAGCUACCCUUUUUCUUCACAUGUCUUUGUUCAUAAUGACUGGAUCAAUAAACGUCCUAAGAAAGAUUUUGUGGAAGUGGUAAUUCCUCUCAAAGGUAAUAAAUACGCAGAAAUGUUCCUUAUUUGCGUGAAUUACUAUUGCAUGGCAAAGCAUAAUGAAGUUAGCACAUGGCUACUUCAUGGCUGCUCACCUACAGUGUAGGCAAAACCAAACACCCAAUACAGAAAUGUCUGUGACAUCUCUUCUUACAAAACAAAUAAUACUAAAAGCAGAGGACAAUGGCAAAUGUGGGUACACUGUGUGGAAGUUCCAGAAGAUACACCUGAUGUUCAAGUUGUGGUAUUUGGAACAGAAGGGAAAUCUUCUUCACAGAAAGUUCAGAAUCUGAAUGAUAAUCCAUUUCUGUUGACUGUUGGAGAUGUUGGAGAUAUAACAAAACUUUCAUUUUUGUUAUCCAGUCCAUGUUUGGAAAGAGGAAUUAAGCUUCACAAGCUUAGGCUGAAAGAUCUGGACACUAAACAGGAACUGAGCUUUCCCACUGAAGCCCAGUAUCUGUUUGGAGAAGAUGGAUCUGAGACUGUGACAGAGCUAGCAGCAGUCAGACCAGACAAAGCACCACUCAGAGAAGUUCUUUACUCAGUCAGUGUUCAUACAGGAACGUUGCCUGCAUCAGGAACUGACGCAGACAUAUUUAUAACUAUAUUUGGAGAGCAGGGAGAUUCCUGCAAAAGGAGACUAAGACACUCAUGUUUUGAAAAAGGACAGGUCAGUAUCACCGAGGUGAGAGCAGUAGACCUUGGACAAUUAAGCAAAGUGCUUGUUGAGCACAGUAAUGUCGGUUAUGGAGCUGGAUGGUACUUGGACCAAAUUGUCAUCCAUGAAUCAGGCAAGACUGAUAGCCAAUAUAUAUUUCUUUGCCAGCAAUGGUUAGACAGUGGAGUUGGUGAUGCACAGAUGGAACGAAUGUUGAGACUACUCGGAAAAGUCAGGAAUGAAAUGCUAACAGAAAAGAUUCACGGGACUUGGGAUGUCUUUGUCACAACUAGUGAUAUUUCUAGUUCCACAAAUCCUAAAAUGUCGUUAACUGUUUGUGGUGGAAAAGGUGUCUGUACUUCAAUCAUACUCCCAAAAGGAUCCCUUAAUAAAAAGCAAGUUUAUGAGACUUCAAUUGAACUAAACAAGAAAUUCACUACUAUAUUUAAAGUUCGCCUAGAAAUUGAAGAAGCUGGAGAAGGAGAGUCUUGGCAUUGCCAUGAGGUAAAACUUCAACACAGAGUAAGUAAAAAUCUUCUGGAAUUUCCAUUUUGCCGCAACUUCGCAGAUGACGAAGGGGAAAGAGUGGCUGAGCUUCCAGUUCUCAUAGUCAAUUCUCCUUUUCCACCAGUGAAAAGCUAUGUUCUCUGUAUCACCACGGGAGCAUCCCCUGGGUCAGGAACUGAUGCAGAUGUGUAUGUCAUGCUGCAAGGCAUUUUGGGAGACACUGGUAAACGAAAAUUAAUCAGAAAAGGAGAUGAUAACUUCACUGAAGGAAAGGUAGAUGUUUUUCAAUUGGAGGCAGUAGAUAUUGGGACUCUGCAAGAAAUAGUGGUUGAGAAAGGAAAAGGCUCUGACUGGCUUCUGGAGAAGAUUAUUGUGAAAGAAUUAGCAACUUCUGGGACGGAAACAUUGUUUAUGGCUCAAACAUGGCUAAAAGACAGACGUGAUGGGAAAAGAUCUGCCUCAGUAACUCUGAAUGCCACAGAAAUCCAAGAGCAGAAGAGCACUUCUGCCUAUCCUCUAGGAAAAGAGCAAAUGAAUUCAGAAGGCAGAUGGAGGAUUUAUUUCACAAAACAUCACGAUGAAACAAAAAAAGACUUUGAAAAGUUGUCAGAAAAUAUAUCCAAGUUGGUUAUGGUUUUUUAUGGAAGCAACGGCAAGUCAAAUCCAGUUUCCAUGGAAAACAAACUGGAACAUCAAGCUAAGAACCAAAUAACAUACGAUAUAAAUUUACCAUCUGAUUUGGGUAUCAUUUAUAAAGUCAGACUUGGACUCCAGAGUUUGGAAAGCAGCAUAUCACACUUGUCUCUUCAUCACUUUAAAAUGCAGAACACAUCAACCCUGGAUACCUUCAGUCUCACUAUAAAUAAAACACUUCCUCUUUCUCUUAAUGGAGACAGAUGGAUUGAAUUCCCUGUAGAGUGGCCAUUAAAAGAAGCACUUUCUGUGGUUACGUAUCAUCUAACAGUAUUUUCUAGAAAUAUAUUGACUGACAGAAGUGUAGUGCAUAUGACUGCGUGUAUACAUGGUACUCAUGGCGACACAGGGGACAGAUCCCUUCUCUGGCCAUUGCAGAAUGUCCAGCAGGGAGAUGACAGUGAGUCAUUUCUUGUCAUCAUGGAUGCUGUUGAACUGGGAGAAGUGGACAAAAUUGUUCUCGUAAUCAGUAGUAAGAAAGACUGCAAAUUUGACAUUACAAAAUUGCAUUUGAAAAACUCUGUAAGGGAUCAUCCUAUCUACGUGUUUGAAGUGAAUGAAGCUUUUUCUGUGGAUCCAAAUAAGCCAGAAAUACAGAGAGAAAUCCCAGUAUCUUUUGUUAUUGGAGGAGACAAACCAAAUAAUGGCAUACAUUACUUAAAUAAAGAAGAAAGUCAAGAAGGAAAUCAGACAGAGUAUACUAUCAAAGUAUACACAGGUCACAGAAUGGGGGCAGGAACUGAUGCCAAUGUGCAUAUUGUUUUAUUUGGGAAUGAAGACAAAUCUGAAGUGUUUCACCUCUCUCAGUCACUGGAGCAUCAAGAUCCCUUUGAAAAAGGAAUGGUUGAUACGUUCAAGAUUAAGACUAAAAAAUUAGGAAGCUACGUUCGAUUGAAAUUGGUCAUGAUGGAAAAGGAUUUGCAAGUGGCUGGUUUCUAGAAAAAGUAG